AUGGCGAGGAGAGUCGGUGUUGUAGGCUAUGGCCAUUUAGGCCAGUAUCUUGUAUCGGAAAUUGAAAAAAGAGAUGAUAUCCAACUUGCAUUUGUGUGGAACCGUACAUUAGACAGCCUCAAAGGAAAAGUUCCUGAAGAAAAAAUUCUGAAAGACCUUAAUGAUUUCAAAGAUUGUCAUGCUGAUCUGAUUGUUGAAGUAGCCCAUCCAGACAUAUCCAUACAGUAUGGAUCUUUGUUCCUGUCACAUGCUGAUUAUAUGAUAGGUUCUCCGACAGCUUUAGCCGACAUCAGUUUGGAGUCAGCUCUCCGUGGGGCAGCUAGCGGCCAUGGUCUUUAUGUUCCCUCUGGGGCAUUCUGGGGUGGAGAGGAUAUCAAGAAGAUGGCAGACAGAGGGACUUUACAGGCCUUGAAAGUGACAAUGACGAAACAUCCAGCAGCUUUCAAGUUGAGUGGCAAGCUGAAAGACAUUAAUGACACGGUCACUGAUACUCCUGUUACGUUGUAUGAAGGCAGCGUGAGAGAUUUGUGUCCCCUGGCGCCAAACAAUGUCAACACAAUGGCUGCUGCUGCGCUUGCGGCCCAUAAUCUUGGCUUUGAUAAAGUUCAAGGUUUGCUAGUUUCUGAUCCUAGUUUGAGAGACUGGCAUGUUGUAGAGGUGGAACUCUGGGGUCCUGGAGAUAUUGCAGCAGACAGGGCAUUUCACUGUAGAACUGUAAAACGUAACCCUGCCACAUUUGGCGCCGUCUCAGGGACUGCAACAUAUGCCUCUUUUCUCAGUAGUUUGCUCGCUGCACAUGGCAAGGGACCAGGAGUUCAUCUAUGUUAA